AUGCAUGCCAACAUCUCCACAUCACCAGCAGCAGCUAGGGGUUUUCUGCAGUGGGCUGCUUGCAACAAGACCACCGGUAGCGGCAGCGGCAGCGGAAGCGGCAGCAGCACUUACAAUGAGGGGCGCACGCAGAGCAAGAAGAGGAUACCGCUGACGGUAGCGCAACGCGAAUUUCUGUCUUCGGCGCUGCGCGUGAACCAGGCGGGCGAGCUCGCGGCGACGCUGAUCUACACGGCGCAGACGCCGCCCGUCGUGUCGCGGGAGCCGCACCUGCGGCCGCUGAUGCGGCACAUGUACGAGCAGGAGGCGGCACACUUCUCGACGUUCAACGCGCUGAUUGCGAAGCACCGUGUGCGGCCCACGGCGCUGUACCCGGUGUGGUCGCUGUUGGCGUCGGGGCUAGGGUGGACAACGGGGGUGAUGGGGCGAGAGGCGGCUAUGGCGUGCACCGAGGCCGUCGAGACCGAGAUAGGUGACCAUUACAAUGCGCAGAUUCGCCGCCUGCUUGAGAUGGUGACUGAGUGGGAGACCCAAGGUUACGACGUUGGUGGCGAGUUCAAGGACCUUGUCGUCACCUUGAGGAGGAUACGAGAUGAGGAGCUCGAGCAUCUCGACCAUGCCGUCGAGCAUGACGCCAAAAAGGCCGAGCCGUAUUGGCUCUUGACAGGUGUCAUUCGUGCUGGCUGCCGCGGCGCUAUAUGGGUCAGCGAGAGGGUAUAG